AAAAUAAAUGAGCCUAAUACUUCUUCAUUAGGUGUAAGCAUUUCCUUUCUAAUCUUUGUUUGCUAAAGGUUCUUAUCAUAAGUAGGUGUUGAACCUUAUCAAAUGCUUUUUAAAAUUAUCAGUUGAGAUAACCAUAUAAUUUUUUUUAAAGAUUUUAUUUAUUUAUUUGAGAGAGAGAAUGAGAUAGAGAGAGCACAUGAGAGGGGGGAGGGUCAGAGGGAGAAGCAGACCCCCUGCCGAGCAAGGAGCCUGAUAUGGGACUCGAUCCCGGGACUCCAGGAUCAUGACCUGAGCCGAAGGCAGUAGCUUAACCAACUGAGCCACCCAGGCGCCCGAGAUAACCAUAUAAUUUUAUUUCUUUGGUCAAUUAAUGUGGUGGAUUAAAAUGGAGGGAUUUUCUUUUCUUUUGUUUAAAGAUUCCGCUUAUUUAUUUUUGCGAGAGAGACAGAGAGAGAGUACAAGCAGGGGGAGGGGCAGAGGGAGAAGCGGACUCCCCGCUGAGCAGGGAGCCCUACGUGGGACUUGAUCCCAGGACGCCGAGAUCAUGACCUGAGCUGAAGGCAGCCGCUUAACUGACUGAGCCACCCAGGCGCCCAAAAUGGAUGGAUUUUCUAAUCCUGAAGCACUUGCGUUCCUGGGAGAACCUGUCCUUGUUUGUGAUGACACUUUAUUAUUAUUUUUUUAAGUUUUGUUUAUUUAAGUAAUCUCUACACACAAUAUGGAACUCGAACUCACAACCCUGAGAUCAAGAGUCACAUGCUCUAUUGACUAAGCCAGCCAGGCACCCCAGUGUUUCUCUUAUAUUAUCCUUAAUUGACUGCAGAGGCAAGAUUACCCUAGCCUUAUAACGUGAGCUGCUCACCUUUUCACUCCUUCUCCAGAUCUGUAUCUCAAACAUGCCCUCCGGGCUGAACCAUAGCAGAUCAUCUGGCCCACCUUCCUCUUUCCUAAAUGUCAAAAUAUUAUCGCUCAUAUUUUGCAGAUGAGACAGACUGAGACCCAAGAGUAAAUUCCCGAAUGAGAUGGAGUUGAAACCUGCAAUAUUUUAUCUGCCUUGGGUCUACAACCUCUAGGUCUGAUCAGUAAAAUAAUAAUCAGCGACCAGUAUAAUAAUUAGUUCUUGAGUAACAAUGGAUACUAUUAAAAUAAUAUCGCAAGUUUCCAAAGUUCACUUAUUUAUCAGUUUUUCAGAGCUAGAACACAUUUUCCCAUAGAAACAAACAAGUAGGUUGGUUUCCCAUGCCAGAUUCCUUCCCUUGUCCCUUUACCCCUCACCCCCAUGCUGUGGUGUAUAUCCCCUCAACUAACCCAGUCUUCCAGCCAGACCUAGUCUUUCAAACUCUUCUUCUACGCCAAGGUACUUCUCUGAAGGCUCCUUUCCUAGACCUUACUGAAACCCGGCUGUCUUGGAGGACACACUUCCCCAGGAGGUCUCUUAAUAGAAGCUGAUUUUUGGUCUUAUUUCACAUGCUUCAGGGUCCGGAGCGGGGGGUAUUGCGCUCCCCCGCCCCCCUCGCCCAGUCUAGACCAUGAUUCUUCCUUCCUCCUUCAAAAUCCUCUGCUCCUUUGAAGUUCAUGUCUGGAAGUGCAUCACCCACCACCUCUAAUUGUUGCUAGGGUCUUGCUGCUUGGCCUCUCACCCGCAUUCACUGAUAACUUUACCACCUGGCUCAUCAUCUUCCCCAUCUUCUCUUCCCAUCAUCACUGUUGUCGACUUCAACAUCUGUCAGGCUCCAUGACCUGCGCCAAAGGCAGAUGUUUGGGGUGCCUGGGUGGCUCAGUCGUUAAGCGUCUGCCUUCGGCUCAGGUCAUGAUCCCAGGGUCCUGGGAUCGAGCCCCACAUCGGGCUCCCUGCUCGGUGGGAAGCCUGCUUCUCCCUCUCCCACUCCCCCUCCUUGUGUUCCCUCUCUCGCUGUGUCUCUCUGUCAAAUAAAUGGAUAAAAUCUUUAAAAAAAAAAAAAAAGUGCAGUGUUCUCAUCUGUCCUGUUACAGCCGUCUCAAGCGUCGAGCAUGGGGCCUGGUACGUUACCUAGGCACGCAGGAAAUAUCUGUUGAACAAGUGAAUGAAAAUAUUGUUUAUUUGUAGUUUCUUCACGGGUUCAUCAAAUAUUUAUUGGCGAUAAACCAGGACGCAUCUACAGUGGGAGCCUGACAUUGAAUAAAUAAUCACGCAGAGUAAAUAGUUUGAAACUCUGAUAAGAACUUUGCAAGUUAAAGCUCAAGUAGCGGUGAGUGAGCAUUCAGCCGGUGAUAUGACUCAGUGUAGGGUGGGGUGGUCAGGCCAGGCUUCCCAGGAAAGGUGAUAUUUGAGCUGGUCACCGAGGGACCAGUGGGUUAGCCGGGUAGAGGAUGGCGGGUGGCGGUGCAUGGAGGACAGCAUCCAGGCGUGGGGAACAGAGUGUGUGAAGGGCAUCUGGUGGAGCAGAGAGAAGGCCAGUGGGGCCGAGGCAUAGUUCGGUAAGUCACAAUAUGGCAUCUAUUUGCCAAAUCCAGUGGAACAAGAGAAGAGGUGUGACAUUGGAAGAUUUUAAGGAUUUUAUUUUAUUUUUUUCUAAGAUUUUAUUUAUUUGAGAGAGACAGAGCGAGAGAGCACAAGCAGGGGGAGUGGGAGAGGGAGAAGCAGGCCCCCCCGCCGAGCAGGGAGCCCGAUGUGGGACUCGAUCCCAGGACCCCGGGAUCAUGACCUGAGCCCAAGGCAGACGCUUAACCGACUGAGCCACCCAGGCGCCCCUGGAAGAUUUUAAGGAGUUUAAACAGAAAGUAACAAGACCUAAGCUUGAAACAAACAAACAAGAGUUGACUUCCGGAGAACGGAUUUUAAAAGGGACAAGCAGGGAAGCAGGGAUGUGGGUUUGGAGGCAGGUGUGUGCAGGCAGAGGAAGUGCUGGUGGGUCGGCCUGAGUAGUGGCAAUGAGCUUGGAGACAAGCUGGAUAGACUGCAGUAAUGAGAAACAUAAAAUUUUGGAGCUGGAAAGCACCUUAAAACAACAAAAAAACCCAACUCACCAUUAAUAAAAAAAAAUAGAAAAAUAAAAACAAAUAACAGAUAAUCCUUUAAAGUCUCAUUAAAAGAGCAGGGUAAUUAGCUUAGUACCAGGGCCCUUUAAUAUUUUUGCUGCAUAAAAGGAGAGGCUUACAGAGAAACGGUUGAGAGGGGGCAGAAAAGUGAGAAAUGGGAGAGAGUUGGGGGGAAAAGGAGAGAGAAAUGGAGAGGAAGAUGGGAAGGUGUGAGUCGGAGAGUGUAGGAGAGGUGGGUCGGAAGGACUGUGGGCAAGGGGACACGGAUAUGAUGCCGCUGGGCUCCCGGGGCAGAGAAGGGGCUGGAAGGUAGACUCAGAGGGAGGGGAGUGCAAUGGGAUGUGGAAAAGGCAGGAAGGGGAGAAGACACAAGGUGAGGGAGGGAUGAGUGAAUGGAGACGCUUGGAAGAGAUGUGCACGGGGAGUCCCGGGCAACAGUCUGGGCAGAGUGAGAGCAGAAGCCCAAGGGCCACGUGGGAGUCUGAGGGCUGAACCCAAGGCCACCCAGGAGGGGACGUUAGGGAGGACAGCACACAGAGUCAGGUCCAGGUUCAGGAAGGAAAGGGAAAUGUGUGCAUGGCUGGAGGGACGGGGAAGUGAGAAAGUGGAGGACAGGUCUGGAAAGAUUCCAGGGGAGGGGAAUGAAGGGUGUGGCCAAGAAUCUGACCGAGGCCUUACCCUGCUCCCCACCCUCUGCUGACUUCUGGCCUCAGUGUUUUCGUCCCUUUGCUAGGAAGGAGGCUUGAGGCAGGGGGGGAUAGUGAUGGCCGGGAGGUGGGACACCAAGGGCCCAGGCAUUAGGUUAUGGCAGGGAUAGGGACUGGAAUGGAGAGCCAAGAAGGUGGGGGUGUUGGGGCACGAUGCCUGGAAGCCGGCUCGCAGGUGGAGGGCAGUAUAGGAGUGGGAAGCGACAGAGGCCGCAGGACCGUGGUUCUGGGAAUGGAGACUCCAAGGAGGCUGCUAAGUGCGGGAGUUCUGAGGGAUCGGAGCUAGGGUUCCUGAAGCUGGGGACGGUUAGGAUAGUCAACUGGGGGCGGGGGGAACACGAGCAGAGGGUGGGGGCGAAAGUAGGGCGGGACAAAGAGCGCCUGGAGUAGAAACCAAGAGUCCCUGCGGGUGGGAGGGUGGGGAGGCGGAGACAAGGGGCCCGGGGCGUCCCCCGAGCCCUGGUUCCGCAGUAUCCCAGGCGCACCUGCUGGGGAGAGGUGAGGGGGCACCCUGUGCCUGAGGGAAGUCCAGUCUAGAGGGGCCGACUCUGAGCUUGGAACUCCGGAGAAGCUUCCACCUCCUCCCCACCUGCAGUCCCAGCCGGGCAGGAGAAGGGGUGUGACCCUGACGCUCAGGUUUCUUCCUCUUCACCUGGGCCAGGACUUCCGGCUCAGGUGAGUGUCCCUUCGGUGACGUCAGGUCACUCUCGGCCGCCCCUCGGGUCCGGCCCGCCCCGCGCUCCCGGGGCCCGCGGGGGCGCGCCCCUGACGCCCUACAAAUACUCAGGUGCGCCGCACCUGUCUGCCCGCAUCUGCCCGCUCACGGCUGAGCAACGUCUCUCGCUCGGCAGCCUCGGGCCGACAGCCCAGGGUACUUUGGGGACCCUCAGCCCCCAGGACCGCGCGCGUAUACUGCCCCUCCGCCUUUUGUUUGGCUAGGGUCGCCGGGAGCGCCGGAGGGGACCGCCUUGUCUUCGCCGAUCGCUUCUUCGACCACCAGUCCUCGGGCGGCACCUGUUCCUUGAGCUGUGAAGACCCUUGACCCGCCGGACGGAUCGAUUUGUGUUUUCUUCGGGGGACAAAAAGAUUUGGAAUCACCUGACCCAAAAACUUCUCUUUGGGUGACUUUAAGACGCCACUGCAAGUUUUUUUUUGAGGGGCUGACCUCCCCAAGCUUUGCUUUACCGCAGGGUCGCCCGCCCGGCGUCCCCAAUCUUUUCCGAGGGCAGACAUGGCCAAUUCGGGCCUGCAGCUGCUGGGCUUCGCCAUGGCCCUGCUGGGCUGGGUGGCCCUGGUGGCGUGCACCGCCAUCCCGCAGUGGCAGAUGAGCUCGUACGCGGGCGACAACAUCAUCACGGCCCAGGCCAUGUACAAGGGGCUCUGGAUGGACUGCAUCAUGCAGAGCACGGGCCUGAUGAGCUGCAAGUCGUACGACUCGGUGCUCGCGCUGUCGGCGGCCCUGCAGGCCACCCGAGCCCUGAUGGUGGUAUCCCUGGUGCUGGGCUUCCUGGCCAUGUUCGUGGCCACCACGGGCAUGAAGUGCACAAACUGCGGGGGCGACGACAAGGUGAAGAAGGCCCGGAUAGCCAUGACCGGAGGCUUCAUUUUCAUCGUGUCAGGUCUUGCUGCCUUGGUAGCUUGUUCCUGGUACGGCCACCAGAUUGUCACAGACUUUUAUAGCGCACUGGUCCCCAUGAAUCUUAAGUACGAGUUUGGUCCUGCCAUCUUCGUUGGCUGGGCAGGGUCUGCUCUGGUCAUCCUGGGAGGUGCCCUGCUCUCUUGCUCCUGUCCUGGGAGUGAGGGCAAAACCGGGUACCGUGCACCCCGCUCCUACCCUAAGCCCAACUCUGCCAAGGAGUAUGUGUGA